AUGUUUGUGGCUGAGCUUCAAUCAACUACACAAGAGUCAACCGAAACAGCAUUACAUGUCUUGAAUUUCGGUUUUCCAAAAGGUAAUUCAUCCAUAAAUGGCCGCAUAUUUUGUUGGCCAACGGUAUCCGCUCUCACUCAGCCAUCUGAGGUUGAUACCGACUGUAGUAGAUGCACUGAUGAAAAAACUUGUCACUGUAGCCAUUCACUUAACUUGAAAAAUGGGUCUGACAUUAUUAUUGUUUUACUUAAUCUCGGUACCGGAGCUUUCAUUUCGCAUCCUAUUCACAUGCAUGGCCAUACUUUCAAAGUUCUUAAAACGGAAUUUCUCGAGGUUACCAUUGAUGGCAAAUUCAAGUUGACAGAAGAUAAAGAAUGCAGCAAUACACUUCCGAAUAUUAAUAGCAGUUGUAAUAAUGCACGAUGGAGAAAUUCGUCGUGUAAUGAUUACAGUAACAUCCCUGGUAUUAAUAUAAGUGAUCCUGUACGCAAAGAUACAAUAGUGGUACCAUGGGGAUAUUUGAUUAUAAGAAUAAAAGCCAGAAACCCAGGAGUUAGGUGUAUGCACUGUCACAUUGAUAAACAUAUGGUCGAGGUUAUGGCGUUAAUCAUGUUAAUGCUGAAUGAAUCUUUUGAGCAAAUAAAAGUACCAAAUGGAUUACCAACAUGUCACAGCUAUCUGGCGGAAAUGUCAGGUAAACUUAGCGCAACAUCUGUGCCUCAAACAAUUUCUACAAUAGGUAUGAUCAGGUCUUUAGAUAAAGUUGUCGGGAAGGCAAUUUGA